AUGCGAAUUAUCAUUUACUGUAUUAGCUUUUGUGUAACUUAUAGUUUAGCUGAAUAUAAUUAUUUAAAUGUUGUUACUCAACAUUACCUCCGGAGUCCUACCAUACAUGCCUAUCCUUAUACAGCUCCCCAACGAGUUUUAGAUAGUCUCAAUGGAACUCGCUCCAUGUUGAAAACACCUUUCGGACAGUACAGUGAUUCUUCUCCUGGAAUGGACUCCAUACAAGGCGGCUUCACCGCUGGAGCCAGGAACAGCUUACAGGUUGUACAUCCUCCGGCACCGAAUGAACAAGAUUGGGUUUUAACUGCUGGAAAUGAAAGCUUGGUUGAUAAUGUAUUGGCUAUAUCACUAAACUACGGUGGUCGUUUAAUUUCCAUGGGGUAUUACUUGGCAAAUGGAGGUGUUAAUUAUUAUGCGAUUAUGCAUAAGUACACAGGCCCAGUUUUUAUCAAACCAGGACCAAUGUCAUACGAUGAUCUUGUUAAAUCAGUGCGAGAAAAUGAAAUGAGAGAUCUUGCUCUAACCCAAGUUUGCGGGCAAGAGGAAACUCCUGGAACUGUUACUUAUACUACGUACUGGGAAAAAGUUCCGGGAACUGAAACACAGAUCUGGUUCCCUGGAUCUCCUCAUUCGGAAACGCAGCGCCAGUACUUCGAAAAGAAUGGAUUCCGAUUAACUUAUCUUUGUGGAUGGUCGGAAGCAGGAAAGGGAAAAUACAUUGGAAUUUGGCAAAAGCCCUCCAUGAGUUCGAAAACUCAAUAUGAAGCUCAUUAUGGGCUCACCUUCGAAGCUUGUAUGCAGAAAGACAAAUUGUUAACCCAACGGGGUUAUGUAGCCAUCUCUUUCCGCGUUUUCAGCAAUCGCCGACAGGUCUUAUGCACCGGUAUUUGGGAGAACAGACCAGGUCACAGGAGUAACAUAGCUCGUGGAACUGAUCUGCAAGCAAUGUACAGAAGUUAUCAACGCGAACCGCGGAUGAUUCCAAGACAGAUAUCGCACUACUUAGAUUCUUUCGGUCAGCUCCAGUAUGUUGUAUUGUGGAGUGAUGUAAACAGUAAUCGGUACCCAAACCCGCCUCCGAUUUGGGAGGAAAAGCAAAUUCCUGUUCGAUAUUUGAAAGGCUCUCCAGAAUUACUGAAAGAAAAUCAGAUGGAUUUCUUAGUUCGCCGAGUGGAACAUUUCAUGAAAGACUUGAACAUUCCGGGUCUUUCAAUAGCCAUCUCAAAACAAGAAAAACUGAAGUUUGCUGCUGGGUUCGGAUAUGCCGAUGUUAGAGAGGAAGAAGUUGUUACACCAAACCAUCAGUUCAGAGUUGGAUCAGUAUCAAAGCCAGUGACAGCUUCCAGUGUGAUGCUUCUUAUAGAUCAAGGCAUGUUCAACUUAGAUGAUAAAGUUUGGGGCAAAGCAGGCAUUCUCGGGAGUGAAUUCCCCACAAUUAGAUCUUACAAGAGAUAUGUAACUGAUGUCACAGUGAGAAACUUACUAGAACAUUCCUCAGGUGGUUGGGAUAACUUAGCUUCUGACGCUGCAUGGAUACAACCCCAGAUGACAACGAAGGAACUGAUGAAAUAUGUUCUGGAGAAUGUUCCUCUGGAAUAUAAACCUGGUACUAUGUGGAUUUAUUCAAACUUCGGUUAUCAAUGUCUUGGUUUCAUCGUCGAACACUUCUCCAAGCUGAGCUAUGAAAAUUUCGUCAAGAAAAAUAUCUUCAAUCCAGCUGGUGUUUUCGAUAUUCAGGUUGCUCGACCAACAAUAAGUGACCGAGCCCCGAGAGAAGUAUUGUAUUACAUGAGUGGAAACGGGAUAGGUUUUAAUCCUUACGAGAUGUUACCUCCAGACCGUAUCGGACCUUGGGGAGGUUGGAUCGCAAGUCCUAUUCAACUACUCAUGUUUAUGACAAGAGUUGAUGGUUUUCCAAUGAGACCGGACAUUCUGAGUGAGGAAUCAAUCAGGGAGUGGGCUAUACCUUCCAUUGCUUCAAAUGACACUUAUGGACUUGGAUGGUCACUUAAUAUAAUGGGCUUCAAUGGUUGGCAACACGAUGGUAGGAUGCCAGGAAGUGCAGCAAUGCUUGUGAGACUAGAUAACAGUCUCUCAAUGGCAGUUACAGUGAAUAAGGAAUAUUCUGAGAGAGAUUUCUUCCAUGAGCUGGGAUAUGUGCUCCAUCAUUUAGGAAACAACUGUGAUUGGUGGAAUGAUGAUGCGGACUUGUUCCAGGGUUAG